AUGAAUGACCUCAGGAGCAACGGAGAGCUGUAUCAGCAGUACCCAGCCUCGGCCCCCAGGCUGCUGGCCCACGUCUCCAAACUGCUCAUCAUAUGCCAGAACUCAGGAUAUGCUGGGGAUAGUGUUAUGGAGCUCAGACUGGAAGUUGCUUCGAUGACUCCUUUAUUAGGUUCCAAUCCUCUGGACAUCACAAGGCGCUUCAUGGAGGCCAGCCUGCUCCUCCACCUCAAUGCCAAGGAGACAGCUUUCAACUGCCUCACCAUUGGGAAAAGUAGCUAUGGUGUUGGACCGAUAGGGAAAGAUUCCUCCAUGAACACUCCAACCAUUGGAAUGAACUCACCUUACCAGCCUGUCUACGAGUCCUCUACUGGCUGUCUAAGCUUUUCCCUCUCAACUGGAAGAGAAGUCAAGAAGAAAACAGAAAUAUCAAAAGGGAAUGGCUUCAGUACCCAUGACAGCCACGAGCCCGGGCUGUCCUGGGGAAGCAUGGCUGGCUAUCCUUCUGGAAAUAUCGCCAUGUGUCAGAUCCCCACGUGCUGCAGAGGGAGAACCAUCACCUGCCUCUUUAAUGACACACCCAGCCUCUCCUUUCUGGCUCUGUUCAAUGCUAAAGGCCAGGGCUGUGUUCACUACAAAAAAAAAACUAGUUGCCCAUAUGUCUUGAUCUUGGAUGAAGAAGGUGAGACCACCAAUGACUACAAGGGCUAUGUAGUCCACAAGUGGAGCUGGACAUCUAAGACAGAGACUUUGCUCUCUCUGGAAGAUAAGGUGAAUGAACAAAUUAAGCUGACGGUUCAGGGCUGGGACUCCAUCACAGCCACCUUCUUCUCCCUAAAUGAGACAGUGACACUGUGCGUGUCAGCCAACAGCUCUCCGCAUGGGGUAGCUCACAAAAAAUGGGCAGGUUUAUCAUGGAGAGCACUGCCCCUGGCUGAGGUAAUUAGCAAAGGCUUCCUGGAGAAGAGGUCAGACCCAGGCCGUCCUGAGCUCCGAGAUCUGAGCCUCAUUCCACGUGCCUCUGAAAUGCUCCUGCCUAGGGAGAGGCUGAAGGCCCGGCAGCCCCAGCAAAGGCCACGCUGUCCUGCAGGGGGCCUCAGCGCCAAAAUGGUGUCUCAGAAUAGUCCCAAACUGAGGCAGGAGGCCUGGGCCUCUGAGACCUACAGGAGCUGGCACUCAGACACCAAAGAGACCAAGAUUUGGUCCCUGCCCUCGAAGAGCUUACUGUCCAGCUACAUGGAGAGCAAGGAACGGUUUUGCCCACUAGAAUCCGGGAAGCCCUCUGAUGAGGGGACAUUUGAGUCAGUUUGGGCUGCUGUGCAGGAAUUCACCAAGUGGAGUGGGAGUGGGAUGUGUCCCAGGCGGAGGGGACAGUACAUCCCGCAAGCCGGAACAAGGCCUAGUCGUUGGGGGGCUGGGCCAGUGGCCCCCGGGCUCCUGAUGGCAGAGCAGUUUCAAAAGACACUGUCACAUCUCACAGACUCUGUAUUGUUGGCAGCAGGCCUCUUCACCAUAAACUACCUGGUUAAGGAAGACAUUGCAGAAAGCAAUCAAAGCGGGGUAAAAUCGGGUCCCCAUCUCGAGUGAGGCUCCAAGCCAAGUUUAUACUCAGAAGUCCUUUUAAGAUCUCGGUCAGUCUGAGCCAAAUCCUCAAUCAGAGAGUCUUCGAGAGGAGAGCAUGGGUCUGUUUCUGUGAGCCCCACUCGGAGGAAGACCAUUAAGAUUCAAGCCAAAGUCAUGAUCACACCCAGGGGGAAGGCCCAAGAGGCGCACAGCCCCACCGGGUGGGCAGCCUCGCCCUCUGACUGCCCACUGGUGCUGUGGAAGCUCCUCUGCAAGGAAGGCAUUAGGACUGGCUGCAGGUGUGUGCUGAAGGCACCUCUGAUGACCCAUGUGGCGCUGGAGCACUUCCUGUCGGCACCCCAGGAGCCCAGCCAGGUCCUGGUGUUCGGGAUAGCCUCAAGCCAGAGCCCCACCAGCACCACACACCUCCAGUGGGUGCUUGACAUAGUCUACAGCCACCAGCAGCAGGGCCGGGCCUCACCCUGCAUCCAGGACACCAGCCAAGGAAGCUUCUCCUCAUUGACCAUCAAGGACCAGAUGGAGGAGCCCUCCCCUGAAGCUGAGGAGUAGGUGGCCAUCCGCUCAGGGCCAAGGGACCCUCCUGUGAAUGAGAUAGCCUGAAAUGGAUCUGCAUAUUCUCGGCAAAGUCAGGAGAGUCAGUAAGAAGGCAUCCAUGUGGAAAAAACAGUCCUCCAGGAAAUGAUGCGGCCGCCACAGCCACCCAGAGCUCCGAGCCUGGACACAGCUCCUCUCACAUCCACCCCAGCCCUGCCUCCCAAGCCUCCCACCCCGUCUCUCUGAGCCCCUGCUUAAUAAAGAAGCGUGCCUCCAG